GAGGGGAGGUGGUAUUACUGCAAAGUACAAUACUACCAAUUUAAUUAAGCACAUCCAGAAACACCAUGCUAAGGAGCACGCUGAAUUCCUGCAGCUCAGCAAAACAAAAGGAGCGGAAAAUACAGCCCAGCAACUAACUUUGCAGGAUGCAUUUCAAAGACGCGAAAAGUUUCCGGCGGAAAGCUUGAAAGCAUCGGCAAUUACACAGAAAGUUUUAGAAUUCAUUGUUUUAGAUGCUCAACCAAUGUCUGUUGUUGAAGAUGAGGGCUUCCGUCGCCUAUUGGAACACCUAGAGCCGAGGUACUCUCUUCCAUCACGCAAAUAUUUUUCCGAGACCGCACUGCCAGAACUGUACAAAAAAGUUUGCGAACACGUCUCGAAAGAGAUUAAAGAUAUACAAGCUAUGAGCUUUACUACUGAUAUAUGGAGCUCUGCUGUGAGUCCAAUGUCGCUUUUAAGUUUAACAGUCCACUGGUUGGACACGAGCUGUACAGCACGCGGUGCGAUGCUUCAAGCAAAAAACUUCCAUGGUUCACACACCAGCGAUACAAUCGCGGCUGCAAUUACGGAUAUACUUGACAAGUGGCACAUUCCUUUGAACAAAGUGCAUGUCAUACUUCGGGACAAUGCAAGUAACAUGAAAAAGGCCAUGGAAAACAUGGGAGUGCGGAGCUUGGGCUGCUUUGCUCACAGCUUGCAGCUCGUAGUCAAUGAGGGACUACUGUCACAACGGAGUGUGAGCGAUGCCAUUGCAAUCGGUAGACAAAUUGUGGGGCAUUUUAAACACUCUCCACUUGCGUAUUCAAGGCUGCAGGAUAUCCAGCUUCAGAUGCAAAUGCAACCUAAACGCCUGCAACAAGACGUCAAAACGAGGUGGAAUUCUACGUACUUGAUGAUACAGAGUCUUCUGGAACAGAAGCGAGUCCUCUGUGCUUACAUUGCUGACCAUGACCUGCCCAGUACACUGACCGCUAACCAGUGGGCUUUGCUAGAAAAAACAAGCAUUGUUCUAGCACCAUUUGAAGAGCUAACACGGAAAGUAAGCUCAUCGACUGCCUCCACCGCUGACGUCAUUCCAGCUGUCACGGUCCUCAAACGCAUCCUUGCUAAAGAAGGCGAUGCAGAUACUGGCAUCAAAACAAUGAAAAAAACCCUGCUUCAAGCUGUCAACAAACGCUUCGACACUGUGGAAGAUGAACCCCUAUAUGCACUUGCCACCCUGCUGGACCCGAGAUAUAAAGACAGAUACUUUACAAGUGCACAAUCUGCAAAGCGUGCAAAAGAUGCACUGACAGGGGAACUAGAGGAAGACCUGAGGAGGAGCACAGCUGGAGCAUCACAGGCCGGACCAUCACAGGCCGCAGAACCACAGGAAAAGUUCCCUCGGGUGGAAGCAGCAGCACCGAGCAGCUUUAUGCAAGAGUUUGAGCAAAUUGUGGAGGAGUCUGAAGAUCCUGGUGCAGCAAGCAGCUCAAGCCCUGCAGUCCAACUGCAUGGUUAUCUUGCAGAGAAAACCAUUGCUACCUCAGACAACCCAUACCAGUACUGGGGAGUCAACAAAUACAGAUUACCUUGCCUUGCUGCCACUGCCACAAAAUACCUCUGUGCCCCCUGCACUAGUGUGGAAAGUGAGCGAGUGUUCAGCACAGUUUCUAACAUUGUGGAUGAAAAGAGAAGUAGGCUUACAGCAGAGAGAGCAGAAAUGCUUGUCUUCAUGAGAAAGAAUUUGCCAUUGCUGAUUAAGUGAGCAUUCACAGGUCAUGUUUAUGAUGGUGGUGUGACACUGCACUACAUGUUUACAAUGUUUGGUUAUUAUUAUUUGUAUGUCUGAUCAAGUUGUUGUUCCGCCAACUUUGUUUAUUCAGCAUUUGUUUAUUACUAAGGUUCAGCUGCUAUGUUGCAUUUUAAAUUCCUGUUUGCAGGAUUUUGCACUUUAUAUUUUUGUUUACAAUGUUUGGUUACUGUUUGAUUACUAUUGUAAAUCUAUUGUUUUGUUUCUUGAGGCGACAUUUUAUUUAUUUUAAUUUAAGAGUUUUAUUACAUUUUAUUUUAUAUUUGAAUGCACAAUUGUUAUUUAUAAGAAUUCAGAUGUUUACAGUGAUUGGUAACUGUCAUAUUACUAUUGUAUGUUUGACCAAUACACAGUUUUUUUCCACUGCUACAUUUUAUUUAUUUAAAGAAGUUUGUUUACAUUCUAUUUUAGAUUUGAAUGCAAAAUUGUUUUUUAAUAAAUAAUAAUUCAACACUUUGCAAACAUCUGUUAUUUUGU